AUGACUGAAGCAUCACUCGACUCCCAAAUGCUCGAGUCCAGUGCCGCCAUGUCUAAGGAACUGGUUACUCAGCAGAACGUCUUAAGCAAUAUCGAAGCGACUGAGGCACGAGAAGCGCUAUACCUCAAGAAUCAGCGCGACUCGCCCUUCUUACGCCUGCCCGCAAAACUUCGCAACACCAUCUACAACUACGUGCUUGGCGGACUCGCUAUCAUGGCCCCGCACUCAUCUUCAUGGUGCCGGAUACAAGUUCUGUCGAUAAGGCCUGCGCCGGAGGAACUUUGGCAGUUUCCGCGGCACUUCCUCUCGAUCGUACAGUCCUGUCGACAAGCUUACAGCGAAUCGGCGCGUCUGCCCUUCGUUCUCAACACAUUUGAUGCGUACCCGAGUUAUUCAUUCCUUCAAUUCGUCGAAAAUCUGCCUGAAUGGCAACGUAACGAGAUCAGCAUGAUCAGAAUCUCCUGCAACGAGGCUUACGACUGGAGUGUGGCCGAGCAGUAUGAGAUUGUUAUGGGAGACGAUUUCAUUAGACACAUGCGUUACCAUGCAGCACACGUCGUGGAUCGCUCAACCCACCGAUUACUGCUUAUCCUGAAAGGCCUUAAACUUCUCACGGUCGACUCGUACAUAGAUCUCGAUUGGCCAGAAGAUCAGAAAAAUCAAGAAUUACUGUCAAAGGCGAAAUCCAACUACAGGAGAAUGAUGGAAGCAAUGGCUUGGAUGAAGAUGGAAUUGGGUCGAGAUUCGGUGAGCGUCACGUUCGAACCGCGCAAUGAUGUAGCCUUUCUCGGAGAAUAA